UGAUUGAUAUGAAGGGAGAUAAGGGGUUAAAUGACUUUGAUUGGUAAAAGGAAUAUAAGGGUUCAAAAUGACUUCGAAUAGUAUAUUUAGCUACCUAAAGAAACACCUAAAAACUUAGAAGGCACCAAAAACUCAGUACAUUUAGCUACCUGAAGAAACACCUAAAAAUAAUGAUAUAUAUAUAUAUAUACUUUUGCAUCAUAGUUGACUGAAUAUGUUCUUCUUUUAUUUUCUCUAUAAAUUGUGACCUUAUUUUUUUGAAGAGCUAAAAAUUGACUUUCUGAUGCUUCCUUCUCUCAUUUCUUUGCAUGCAGAUGUUGUAGCUUUGGUUGUAUUGAUAUCUCAUACAGAUCAAAUAAAUGACCUAGUUUUUGGUCAUGAGAGUGCUUUAAAAGGGUUACACAAAGAUGCUGUCAUCAUUCUCCAUUCAACCAUACUACCUGCUCAUAUACAGAAGCUCGAGAAGCGACUCACAGAGGAUUUGGAGAGAGUUUUUGUAGUUGAUAUAUAUGUCUCUAAGGGAAUGUCAGAGGUUUUGAAUGGCAAAAUAAUGAUUAUUUCAUCAGGACAGUCGGAUGCCAUUACAAGGGCACGCCCUGUUCUCUCUGCUAUGAGUGAGAAACUUUAUGUUUUUGAGGGGGCACUUGGUGCUGGAAGCAAAAUUAAAAUGGUAAUAGAGCUGCUUGAGGGCAUUCAUUUUGUUUCUUCCGUGGAGGCCAUUUCUCUAGGUGCCCAAGCUGGUAUUCAUCCAUGGAUAAUUUAUGACAUUAUUUCUAAUGCUGCUGGAAAUUCAUGUUUGCUGAUCUGCUAUACUAAUCUGCUAUUCUUCUGGUGCUACUGUGAUGUUGCUGCUGUUGCUGAGAUGCUGUGGUGA